AUGUCUACAAUUGCAUCUCCCCGCGAACCGCCUGCCCUUACAAGGCGCAUCUCAGCCCAGCCACACACCCCAACGUCCUCCACCAGGCCUUCCCUCGACGUCCCGCGCUCCCUCACAAGCUCCCCAAACCCAGGUUCUUCGGCUACAUUCGGUGCUCCAGCGGCUCCAGGAGCAGCUCCUUCUAAACGCGCGAACCGUGCCGCCCUCCGCGAGUAUUACAAUCUCAAGAAAGCCGGUGGCGCCGCUGGUCCUCCGUCCUUAGAAGUUACCGACGAUUCUUCCGAACGCGGUGCCGUAGAAUACUCCGAAGUUCCUCCUAGCGAGCUGGAUAAUCUGUCUUUCGAUGCGGAGGCGUAUGUUCGCAAGGCGCUGGCGGAGAACAGCCUUGACGAUCUGUUGAGAGUGUACACGCGCGUGCUGGGCGAGAUUCGGGCUCUGGAUGCGGAGAAGAAAGCUUUGGUCUAUGAUAACUACUCAAAGCUCAUCUCUGCUACAGAGACCAUUCGAAAGAUGCGCGCGAACAUGGACCCGCUGAACCCAAUGGCUUCAACACUUGACCCGGCAAUUGCGGGCAUUUAUGCCCAGGCGAGCUCGAUUCGAGAGGCACUGCGCAAGACUGUUGCUGCACCUGACUCAAAGGAAAGACAAGAAGAAGCGGCGGCGGCGAGGAGGAGGAGAACAAGACAACUUGCAAAAGAGGCGCUAGGAACACCAGAAAAGCUGAGAAAGCUGGUUAAGGAGGGCAAGAUUGAGGAAGCCAAGAAGGAGUGGGAGAUGCCUCGACGAUUAUUAGAGGUCUGGAAGGAGAAAGGGCUCGGCGGGAAGGAUGUUUUGGACUGCCUUGAAGAGGGGGAUGCAGCAUUGAGGGGCGGUACUGGGGACAGUAGUGUGCGGACGUCGAAGGAUAGCGGCAUGUCAUAA